AUGAAUUCUACUGAUAUACAAAAUGUACUGAAUAAAUUGGCACCGAUAGCCGCAAUUAAACCGGUGACUUCAACUAAGAGGCAACAAGUAUCUAUCAUUGAUGAUACUUCCGAAAAUGCUAACAUGGAUCCAAUGUAUAUAAACAGAUUUAAUAUGGAUGACGACUUACCAGAUAUUGAUGAUCUGAAGUCUGGUGUAUUAUUCAAACUAGGUAUUCAAGCUAUGGAGAGUCAGGACUUACUCUGUGUGAACAAUGUAGCUCUAUGGCUGGCAUCAUCGACAAAAGGUGGUAGUCCCAUUGAAAACGUUUUAAAUGAUGAUCCAAACUCGUUUUGGCAAAGUGACGGUGGCCAACCUCACACAAUUGAUAUAUACUUCAGUCGCCGUACAGAUAUAAUCCUAUUAGCGUUGUAUUUCUCUUUGGCAUCAGAUGAGUCGUAUACACCAAAGCUAUUCAAAUUAUAUGUUGGACAUAGCCCCUCUGAUGCUGUAUUUUAUAAAAGUUAUCACAUCGAACAUUUGGAUGGAUGGGUAGGUUUAACAUUUAGAGACAAUAGGCCUGACAAUCUUAUGAAGUGUCAAUUCUUAAGACUUGUGUUCCCAAUAAAUCAUGAAAAUGGUAAAGAUACACAUCUAAGAGGAGUACGAAUAUAUUCCCCUCAGGUGAGAAGACAACAAGAAACUUUCUUCCCACCAGAAACAAACGGCAUCGGCAAUUCAAGCUCAUUACAGAGGUUUACAAUUAGAUGA